UUCGUUUUAAUUUGUUUCUUCAAUUUUAACUGAAUGUACUUUUUAUCUAAUUUUUGGUUCAACAUUUUCUAGGAUAUUUCAAUGGCUUCCAUGAGCACUGAAAGAGCCUUGUCACCAUCAUCAUCUUCUUCUUUUACACCUCGAUGGAAAUACGAUGUGUUCCUAAGUUUUAGAGGCAAGGAUACCCGAAAUAAUUUUACAGACCAUCUAUAUUUUGCUUUGAAACAGAAGGGCAUUUUCACUUUUAGAGAUGAUGAAAAACUAGAGAGAGGAAAAUCAAUUUCACCAGAGCUUUCAAAAGCAAUAGAAGAAUCAAGGUUUGCUAUUGUCAUAUUCUCAAGAAACUAUGCAUUUUCUACAUGGUGCCUAGAUGAACUCGCAAAGGUCAUUGGAUGUGUGAAAGAGAUGGGAAUGAUAGUUCUGCCAAUUUUUUAUAAUGUGGAUCCAUCUGAUAUACGGAAACAAAUUGGAACUUUUGCACAAGCUUUUGCUGAACACGAAGAACGUUUUGAGGAGAACAUAAAGAAAGUGCAGAAAUGGAGAGAUGCUUUGAGAGAGGCGGGCAACCUCUCUGGGUGGCACUUACAAGAUAGGUAAUUUAAUUUGAGAUAUAUUUUUCUUCUGUAUGUGUCAAACAUCUCUCCCUAUAUUUACCGUGUGAAUUAUACUAUCAAACAUAUA